AGACUUUCAUUGCGGCUCACUCGACUCUGCUCUUGUAACAGCUUUCAAAGCGAUUUAUGUAACGAGGACAGGCUGGAGGAGGACGUAGCACAGCGCUGCUAACCUGAUUAACAUUGGACAACAAACAAACAAACAAAGACCAGUUUGGGGACACAUUCCCAGCUCUACUCACGUGUCCCCCGGUCCCGUCAGAGCCACAGGGGCAGAGCAGCGGCAGCAUGCAGGACAGGAGCUGGACUCAGGACAUUUAGUACUUUCCCACAGUGACGGGACACCCCGCUCCGCUGGAUGGGACUCCGUGUUGUUGUCCUGGAUUUCCUCAGGACUUAAUUAUCUGUUAGACAUUUUGUAUUUUACUCAGACAACCAUGACUGCUGCUUUGCUCCGAGGAGGGAGAGGAGUGUGUGUUCAGUGUUUUCACAGGGAGUUGUGCAGACUCAUAUGGAGACCACAGACUGCCCUGUUCAGCUCCAAACCAUCAGAUCCCAGGAAGCAGCCACGCAUAACACACAUCAAGAAAGCCAAACCCCAGCCAGCUGUGGACAUCCCUAAACUCCUGGAGGAGCUCUUUUCCCAGAGGAGACCCCACCCGGCACCCCCUGCUGGUAAAGCUUCUACUGCCAAACCCUCCUCCACCAAACCCUCUGCCAUCUCCUCUGUGAAGACCACCGCCUCAACCUUUUCCCACUCCCCACCCACCGCUGCUUCGACAUCUAAACAAGCUGAGGAUGUUUACAACAAGACCACCCCACCAGCAUCUCCUCCACCAGACACUCUACCAGCAUCACAAAAACCAGUAUCCAGUCCAGGCCCAGUUUCACCUGCUGCCGAUUCCACAAAGAUUUCCUCUUCCUUUGAAGCCCCCCCGCAAUCUUCCCCGCCUUUUAUCAAAGCCUCUACAGCUGGUGUUGUGUCUGAGAUGAUGUCACCUGCCACUACAACCUCAGUACCCUCUCCAGCCACCACCACACCUGCCUCAGUAGAACCACAAGCACCUUCAAUAGAAUCCCUAUCAGCCAGUACAAUAGAAGCCAAAGUAGAGACCUCUGUAGACUCAGGAGAACUUCCUUCUGCCACCUCAGCCAACACAGUGGAAAGCAGCACAGAAAUGUCAGAAUUUACAGCUGAGAGUACGAUAGAACCAACAGUAGAUGCACUCUCCUCUCCCAUGGAAACAUUAGAGUCUAGAGCUGUCUUUGUUGAAGGUACAGUAGACCCUGUAAUAGAAGCCACAGUAGAUACUGUAGCUCAAGAAGUACAACUUAACAAUACAGAUUCAGGAGCAGAUGCUGUAGCACAAACCGUCUUAAUCGAGACCACAGUAGAAACCACAGCCACGCCGCUGCAAAACAAAGGAGAAGUGAGUGCUUUGUCUUCAGGGGUGGUUGCUGGUUUGGGAGCCAAGGAGGGCGAGGAGAAAGUGGGGGGAGAAACUGCACAGGAGCCUUUGAAUGUUGCAGAAACCAUGACUCUUGAGUCAGUAACACUUGCUGAGGCCAGAUCUCUGGUGGAGUCUUUACCAUUUGAAGACCUCCUCCAGACUAAAGCUGCACUAGAAGACAAGGCAGAGGCAGUAAUCCAGGACUCGCUGGUGCAAACUGGGAAUGGAGCAGAAUGUGAGACUGCAGCUGAAACUUUCGCUGAAGUCCUUUCAGAAAGGGACUCUCUGUCUGAAGAUGUUGAGGCGUUAGAGGCUGAAACAGACGUUUUAAUGGAACAGCUUCUCUGCACCAUUCCAGAAGCAGUGUCCAAAAUGCCUGCCAGUGUAAAGACAAGUCUAGCUUCUCAUGCCACAUCUUCUGGUGUGGCCAUGGAAGCCAGUGGGGAGUCAAUGCAGAAGGCGGCGCAAGUUGGAGAGGAGGAGGUGACAGAAGUAGAAGCCAUGACCCUAGAGUCGAUAACAUUGGCUGAAGUUGAGGCCAGAGUGGCAUCCCUAGAAACUGAUGUUCUGCAGCAAGCAAAGACUGUACUUGAGAAAGAGGCUGAAAUACUAGCGAGGGAGGAAAGGAUGGAAGAAAGGACAGUGAUAGAGGAUGGCACCAUGUCUGAGGUUAUGAUAGAGGCUGAUGUUUUAACACUAGAUUCUCUCUCUGAAGCCACUGAUGCAUUAGAGACGGAAACCUCCGUGGUUCUGGAGGCCAUGUUGUGUUCUGGUGUGGUCCCAACACCUCCACCAGACUCGCAGCCUGGGUCACCAAGCACAGCACGAGCAGAGACAGAGGCGCUGUUUGGUUAUGUAGAGGUAGAAUCAGAGAAAUUAAACAGUCAGGAAGCAGCAGGAGUGUCUGUGAUUGGUGGAGAGGAGGCAGGAGAGCAGGAAGUGAACGUUGUGGAGGCCAUGACCCUUGAGUCAGUGACGCUGGCUGAAGUCGAGGCUUUAGUGGGAACACUAGACAGCGUAGCUCUGACGGCAACCACGACUCAGCUGGAGCAAGAAGCUGAAAUGCUUGCCAAAGAGGAGAGGAUGGGCGAGCAGAGGAUGGUUUUAGAAGACAGUAGUUUGUCUGAGGAGGUGGCUGAGGCUCUAAGUGUGGAGGCUCUGUCUCUGCCUGAAGCAGACAGUUUACCUGAGGCUUUACAGGCUGAAACAGACAUACUGAUGGAGCAGCUGCUGUUCUCCAUUCCUGGUCCUGUAGGGGUCACGUCAGAGGAUCUGAUUGUACAGGGAGUAGCACGAGAGGAUAUUUUAGAUGGAUACGCAAGGGAAAGCUCUGUUUGUGAAGAGGAGAGAGGAAGUGAGGAGCUUGUGUUAAAUGAAGCUCUAACUUUAGAGUCACUCACUCUGUCUGAGGUCGAGACUCUGGUGGAGACGUCAGAGAUGGAUGUGUUAACUCAAACUGACUCUCAGGAGGAAGCAGAGGCUAAGGAGGAGGCACAGGCAGAGCAGAAGGUGUUUUCUGAAGAUGCUGAGGCAGAUAUUCCCUCUGAAGCUGAGAUUUUAACCAAGGCCGAUGUUCUCGCUGAAGCAGCAGACGCUUUAGAGGCCGAAUCGGCUGUUAUCCUGCAGAAUCUGCUCUGUCCCGUCUCAGGGAUCGUUACAGCGGACACCACGGGGUCAGCUGCUGUGAACACAGCACCUACAGAGCCGGACACACUUCCUCUUUCUCCUCCUGCUCGGGAGGAGGUGCUGGGACAAGAGGAGGAGGAUGCAGGUUCUCCUCCUGCUGCUUCAGAGGAGGUGGAGACAGAGGGAGGAACACAGACUGAGGCCCUGGGAACUCACGAAGGUUUGGACCCAGUUCAGCUACUCUUCCUGGAGAAGAUCAGAGAAUACAACAACAAGCGCAGGUUGUGCGAUGGAGCAGUAGAGGCAGGGCCAGAUUUCGAGAAGCGCCUAUCAGAGGAGACGGCGAAGCUCCAGAGACUUUAUGGAGGAGGAGACCUGAGCAGCUUCCCUCAGUUCACCUUCACUGAGCCUGAACUGCACCAGGACUCCAAAUGACCUGCAGCUACUCUCCUGCACUCCCCUUGUUCUCCUCCGGUCUUUCCACGUUUCUCCUGUCACCUAGCAUCUCUCCAACUACCUCCUCCAUUUCACAUCUGCCUCCACUGAAACAGAGAGAGAGGGAGAACAUCAAGUUUGUGUUUGGGCUGAUGAGGUGUAAUAAGGGACAGUGUGAACUGAUGAUAGCAACAACAAUGCUGGUUUAUUAAAGCAAUACUAUGAACACAA